AUGCUUCGCCUGCCUCGUGUUGCUCGUCAGACAAUCGCAUUGCAUAAAAGUCAUCAGAUUUCAAGAUUUUAUGCUAAAGAUGUGAGGUUCGGAGCUGAUGUAAGAGCGCAAAUGCUUCAGGGCGUCGAUAUCCUGGCUGAUGCCGUUGCUGUAACAAUGGGUCCAAAAGGUAGGAACGUUAUUUUAGAACAAUCAUGGGGAUCGCCUAAAAUCACCAAGGACGGUGUUACAGUUGCAAAGGGCAUUGAACUUAAAGAUAAGUUCCAGAAUAUUGGAGCAAAAUUAGUUCAGAAUGUUGCGAAUAACACAAACGAAGAGGCCGGUGACGGUACAACGACAGCAACCGUCCUCGCCCGAGCCAUCGCCAAGGAAGGCUUUGAGAAGAUUUCGAAGGGUGCGAAUCCCAUAGAAAUUAGACGGGGUGUUAUGCUGGCAGUGGAUGCUGUAAAAGAUAAGUUAAAGAGCAUGUCUAAGCAAGUUACAACGCCAGAAGAAAUCGCGCAGGUAGCAACCAUUUCUGCCAAUGGUGACACAGCAAUCGGUCAACUUAUUGCUGAUGCCAUGAAGAAAGUGGGUCGUGAUGGUGUCAUUACGGUAAAGGACGGUAAGACUCUUACCGACGAGUUGGAAGUAAUUGAAGGUAUGAAAUUUGAUAGAGGUUAUAUCUCACCUUACUUUAUAAACUCUUCAAAAGGAGCUAAAGUAGAAUUUCAAGAUGCCUUGGUAUUAUUCUCUGAGAAAAAAAUUAGCAAUGUACAAACAAUAAUCCCUGCUUUGGAAUUAGCUAACCAGCAAAGGAAGCCUCUCAUUAUUAUUGCAGAGGACGUAGAUGGUGAGGCAUUGUCCACUUUAGUGGUCAAUAGGUUGAAAAUAGGUCUGCAAGUUGCAGCUGUUAAAGCCCCUGGCUUUGGUGACAACCGCAAAGCUACACUCAGUGAUAUGGCUAUUGCAACCGGUGGAGUUGUUUUUGGUGAUGAUGCAAACUUGAUAAAGCUUGAAGAUGUCCAGCCUUCAGACUUAGGUCAAGUAGGGGAAGUUAUCAUUACAAAAGAUGACACACUACUUCUUAAAGGAAAGGGCAAGAAACAAGACAUUGAUAGGAGAGCAGAGCAAAUCCGUGAUCAAAUUCAGGAGACCAACUCUGAAUAUGAGAAGGAAAAACUUCAGGAACGUCUUGCUAGGUUGGCUUCCGGAGUUGCAGUCUUACGUGUGGGUGGAUCCAGUGAAGUUGAAGUAAAUGAAAAGAAGGACCGUGUCAAUGAUGCUUUGAAUGCCACACGUGCUGCUGUUGAAGAAGGUAUUGUUCCUGGUGGAGGCUCUGCCCUUCUUCGAUGCAUACCCACUCUUGAUAGUCUCAAAACUGCAAACAGUGAUCAAGCAACUGGUGUAGAAAUCAUCAAAAAGGCUUUAAGAAUGCCUUGCAUGACCAUUGCAAGAAAUGCUGGUAUUGAUGGGUCUGUUGUAGUUGCUAAGGUUGAGGACCUAGGCCCUGAAUUCGGUUAUGAUGCUCUCAACAAUGAAUAUGUUAAUAUGAUUGAGAAGGGCAUUAUUGACCCCACAAAAGUAGUUAGGACAGCGCUUACAGAUGCAAGUGGUGUUGCGUCCCUCCUUACAACUGCGGAAGCUGUGAUCUGUGAGAUCCCACAGGAAAAGGAACCUAAUCCUAUGGCCGGCAUGGGAGGUAUGGGUGGAAUGGGCGGUAUGGGUGGCAUGAUGUAA